AUGUUUCUUGGUUCACUGUCUGUGGUCACAAUAUGUGGAAACCUUCUUGUAAUAAUCUCCAUCAUUUAUUUCAAACAGCUCCACAUCCCUACAAACUACCUCAUCCUCUCUCUGGCAGUGGCUGACUUACUUGUAGGAAUUGUAGUUUUUCCUUUCAGCAUGGCGUUCACUGUAACCUCAUGCUGGUACUAUGAAGGUUUGUUUUACAGAUACUACGCAGUGUGUCAGCCUCUGACUUACAGAAGUAAAAUGAAUUCCCGUGUUGUCAUUGUGAUGAUCCUGGUGAGCUGGGGAGUCGCUGCUUUAAUUGGAAUUGGCAUCAUAGUUGCAGGUUUUAAUCAGGGAAAAUGUGAAGACAGUUGUCUAAUUGAUGCUCUAAUAUCAACCACUCUGGCAUGUAUUUUCUCCUUCUAUAUCCCAGUCAUAAUUAUGCUCAGUAUUUAUCUCAAAAUUUUCCUGGUUGCACAGAAACAAGUAAACAGCAUCCAGAACACAACAAAAUCUGUAGCAGCUGUUAGUAAGAUAGAGAGAAAGGCCACGAAAACUCUAGCUAUAGUUAUGGGGGUUUUCUUGUUAUGUUGGACUCCUUACUUUCUUUGUAUCAUCUUUCAGCCUUUGAACAACGAUGUAACACCGAUUGCUGUGAUUGAAACACUGAACUGGCUCACACUGUCCAAUUCAAUGCUCAAUCCCUUCAUUUAUGCUUUCUUCUACAGCUGGUUCAGAUCAGCUUUCAGAAUGAUCAUUUCUAGGAAGAUAUUCCAAGGUGAUUUGACGAACUCCAGACUUCUUUGA